AUGUGGUGUACUAGGUGGUAUAUCCCUCUUGCGCUUCUGUCGGUCCCGACUGCUUCCUCGUUCUUCCUCCUGCUGUUCCUAUUCUCGACGACAUUACAAGCACGACCAUGUUUUUACUGCAUUUUACUGCUCACCCUGUCGUUCAUGUCGUCGUGCUAUUGGUCACCGCUGCCGCUCGAUAGCCCGCUCGCCGUGCCGUGGUCGGAGAACAUCACGACAUUUGCAGACGCGCUCUACUCGGUCAUGCCUGAUCUUACAGAACAGGAACAGCCUGUUGACAUCCAACUGGUGGACCGCUGCUGGUGUGACCUAUCCAGUAGCGGGUUCUUCGAACCCUUCAACGUGACGCAGUGGGAGCUCACCAGUGUCUUGCGGACGAAGGAGGAGUUGGAACAAAAGAGGGCAAGGGCGGCAGAACAAGGAGUGCCAGAGAUUGGUGGUAAUGCGACGAGCAGUCAGGGGAGCUCGUUUUCGCCGUCAGCAAAGUCAGACAUCACAUCCCUUACAGAAGAAUACACGAAAGCAUGGACCGACGUCUGGGGUCAAAUGCGGCUGUUCUCGCGGAAAGCCAUUUCGCGCUUUAAUGCCUCGGCGACCGUUCCUGCUUCUAUCCCGUCUCCCCCCACCACGUCUGAUCAGCUUCCUACUGCUCAUUCUCACCCCGAGCCUAACGCGACAAAUACCCCGCCACAAUCCUCCGCGCCCUCGGAGUCACCAGAGAAGCUAUCGAUCUCCCGAAGAGAAUACGAUUUGCGUCCUUAUGGCUUCGCAAUUGUUCUCGACUUCGGCUGGUCGUCACCGCGAUAG